UGCUAGGGCUACUGGGGAUUUUUUCAUGCCUGAAGAUUGGGAAGAAAAAGACAUAAAAACUAUGGAUUAUCAGGGAUAUGCUUAUUAUGGGGAAUAUCCCUUGGCUUUUGCUGCUUGUUUUGAGAACAAGGAUAUUUAUGAUCUUUUGUAUGGUGCUAACCCUGACCUUCAAGAUAUGUUUGGGAACACUGUGGCAAUGUAUAGCUACGCUGUCAGGCAUUGGCAUAAGCCUGCACAUACUAACAUUGUAAAUCAUGCAAGUUAUACCCCUUUAACGCUCGCUACAAAACUUGGAAGACGACAAAUAUUUUAUGAAAUGUUGGAAUUAAUGAAGGUCGAGUUUUGGCGAUUUUCUGACAUGACAUGCAGUGCUUACCCUCUGGAUGCUUUAGAUACAAUUAGACCGGAUGGAUCAACAAGUGUGUUUUUUAAGUUGAAAUAG